ACAGCAGUCUCGAUUCAGGUGCUGUGCCUAAACAGUAUCAUCACUCUCCGUCUCAUCGUCAAGCACAAAAACUCGAGAGUCCAGAUCCAGAAGAAAGAAGCAGCAGCCGGCGAUGAGUUCAGAGGGCCGUGCUGCUGUAAAUUCGGCCGAGGCCGGUAUGAAGACGAAGACGACCCCUCUCCUGACGCCGUACAAGAUGGGCGAAUUCAACCUGGCGCACAGGGUUGUUCUAGCGCCGCUGACCAGGUUCAGGUCGUAUGGGAACCUUGCCCAGCCGCACAACGUGCUAUACUACGCGCAGAGGUCGGCACCGGGCGCGCUCCUUAUCGGGGAGGCCACGGCCGUGUCCGAGACCGCGCGGGGCUACACGAACGUGCCCGGCCUAUGGAGCCAGGAGCAGGUUGAGUCAUGGAAACCGGUGGUCGACGCCGUGCACACCAAGGGAGCCGUCUUCUUCUGCCAGAUAUGGCACACAGCCCCUGCCUCGCCCACAGAUUCCCAGCCUAAUGGGCAAGCUUUGGUCUCCAGCACCGACAAGCAAGUCACGCCUCAAGUCAGCCAUGAACGCAUUGUCAGGGAAUUCGCGACCCCUCAGAGGUUUGAAACAGGGGAGAUACCCCACAUCAUCAACGACUUCCGGAUCGCAGCCAGAAAUGCCAUCAGAGCCGGAUUCGACGGCGUGGAGAUCCACGCGGGCAAUGGGUACCUCAUCGACCAGAAGGACGGCACCAACGACCGGACCGACGUGUACGGCGGCAGCCUGGAGAACCACUGCACCUUCGCCGCCGAGGUGAUCGCAGCUGUGGGCGCCGAGGUCGGUGUGGACCGCCUCGGCGUACGGCUCUCCCCUUUCUCUGAUUACGUGGACUGCGUCGACUCCGACCCGGAGGCGCUCGCGCUGCGCGUGAUAGACUUCAUGAACGGGCUCGGCGUCCUGUACUGCCACGUGGUCGAACCUCGGAUGUACGUCAACAAAAAUGAUGGCAAACUGAUGAUCCCACACGGCCUGCUACCAUUCAGAACGGCGUUUAAGGGCACUUUCAUGGUGAGUGGAGGGUAUGACAGAGGAGAAGGGGACAAGGCCAUCGCCGAUGGAUACGCCGACCUGGUCUCUUAUGGGCGGCUCUUCUUGGCAAACCCUGACCUGCCCGAGAGGUUCAGAAAGAACACGUCUUUGAACAAGUACUGAAGCCCAUUAAAGGCCCCAUACAUAUCUACUACCAGCUGGAGAACUUCUGUCAGAACCAUCGACGGUACACCCCAAUACUUCGAUCUUCCAUGCAACAUUAACUAAUACUGUCAGGUACGUCAAGAGCCGAAGCAACAGCAGCUCUGUGCCAAGGACUACAAGGGCCCUAAGGCCGUGAUCAAGAGUUGCAACCCUGAAGCCACCACCGGCGACGGCACCUUGAUCGUGCCGUGCAGCCUCAUCGCCUAGAGCCUGUUCAACAACAACUACGCGUUCCCCGUCAACAAGGAGGUUUCAGUGAACAAGAAGCACAUCGCCUGGGCCAGCGAAAGAACAGCUAGUUCGGAAGCGAUGUUUUCCCUGUCAAUUUCCAGAAAGGCGGGCUCAUCGGUGGUGGCAACCUAAAUGAAAAGUUACCUCUGAGUGAGCAAGAGGAUUUGAUAGUGUGGAUUGCGGCCUGUGGCGCUCCCAACGUUCAGGAAGCUCUACGGCAGGAUCGAAUCGGACAUCAUGGCAAGCGAC